AUGAGAUGCCUUCAUCGAGGUCUCUGUGAGGUCCUCCCAGGCCUCCCGUGGCUGCGCGGGCGCCCACGCCGGCGCGCUCGCCGUCUGCAUCCUGGCAAUCUCAACCACGGCCGCGGCGAGUUCGGCAAUGGUAUCCUUGCCUGUCGUAGGAAACCUUGGCAAUGGAGCUGCGAGAUCGACAAAGGCGGCGCUUGGAGGCGUUCCGACGUGGAAAUGGCGAGCACCGCAUGGCUGGGGAUGACCAUCCGCUUCGUUAUGGUGCUCGACUUCGUGCUGCUAUUCCCCCCGCUCCUCUACGACCUCGAAGCGCUGCUGCUCGAAGUCCCGACGAGCAUGUGGUGGUCGAGCCGUUCGCCCAAGCGCUGA